AUGAUGGAUGAGCAAGGCUUCUUAGUAAGAGAUCAAUUAGUCAAUGAUAUCAAGUCAAUCAAGAAGACACUUAAAAGUUGGACCAAAGUGUUUACUUAAAUCAUGGAAUUACAAGUAUAGAAUUCUAAACAACAAAAUCAGAAUGUAUCAUCCUAUUAAUAAUACUUAGACUAUUCUCAUAUAGCAGAUAUUGUAAUACUUCUCCAAACCAAACAAGAAACCUCAAUAAAUGCCUAUCUCUCCUAUUCGAAGGAUGGGACAUAAAACUGAGCCAGAUGAUUUCUUUCUCAGAAAAUUAGAGGAAACAGAGAUUUACAACAAUGACAACCUUUAAAAUGAAUUAAAUAAUCCUAAAAAAGUGAACUUAUUCUUAUUUUAGAUGUCCAUUGUUAAUUAUUAAGGAACACCAUUUGAUAGUGCUUAUGAGAGUAUUAAUCGAGAAAUGCAAUAAUAUUAUGAACCUGAAAAUUAAGUGACAGAGUAAUCAGCAGAAGUGUUCAAAAAUUUCAACAAAAUUGGAUAGUAAGGUGUUAAAGCUGCACUUAAUAUGGAAGGUUUCUCAUUGCCUUAAAGCACAAAAAAUAACACAGAACGAAAACACUUUAUAUAACCAUGUACUCUUUCGUCAAAGUAAUUGUAAAUCCAAGAAUCUAAAGAAAAUAUGAAAAUCUCUAAAUAACUUGAGAUGAAAAAAAUUAAAAUUAAAGAAUAAAGAUUAUCAACAGUUGUUGAAGAACCCUCUGCAUUGUUAAAUAGUUAAUAAAAUACAAAACGUAAGAACUUCCUUUUAUUUUAGAGGUUCUUCUUUGUAUUGGAGGAUCUCAAAAUAUUGUAUAAUCCUGUUAAAAUAAAAAUUCAAUAACAGGAUUUGAAUUUUAAAUCCCACUAUAGUCAUCUGUGUCCAAAACACCAAAUAAUAAUACUAAACCAUAAAAUUAUUUUGCAGACAAUACUAGAUCAGGUUCCAAAUCAUUGUAUUAAAACAACUUUCCAUAGAAUAUUCAAUAUAUCAAUAAUUCCAAUAAUAAAUAAAAUCCAAUCAAAUAUGAAUAUCUGAGCUCAGUAUUUCUAUUUACUAUAUUAUAUUUAGAGAGCCAAAAGUUUUAGUGAUCAAAAUAGUAAGAGACAUCCAAGUAAAAAAUGCUUAGAUUUAGAAUUAAUAGAUAAAUAAUAUGAAAAUAGUUAAGAAAUAUUGAAGAAAACUAAUACUAUGCGCAAAACAUGA